AUGCGUUUUUUCAGCUUCGCUGCCAUCGCUGCGCUCAGCGCCGCCGUCAUGGGCCAAGGCAUCUCCGAUAUCCCGAAGUGUGCUCAAGCCUGCUUCGCCAGCAGUCUCGGCAGCUGCGGCGCCACCGACUUUGCGUGCAUCUGCGGCAAUACCGCCGUAAUCGACAAGGUGUCGUGCUGCAUCUUCGCGACCUGUCCUCAGGCGGACAUUGCGGGUUUGUUUACCCCAUCAGAUACUUGCCAAGUCACUACGCAGCUCGCCGCCUCACUGUGCAAGCUUGCAAACGUUGUAGUAAACACGGCACCUAUUUGCGUUGCGACGUCUGCGCCAGCGGGCUUGGCCUCUGCGACACCUUCCAUGAGUCCAGCGGCAUCAGGCUCUGUGACACUUUCGGGCUCUGCGACGUCGUCUGUUGGAAACGGCACUGCUUCGGCCACCAGCGACUCGAGCAGUGCGUCUGCGUCGUACGCCGUUAGCACCGGUGCGGCUUCCUCGCAGUCUCCGGAUACCAAGUUCGGCCUUGGAGUUGUUGUUGCUGGGCUGCUUGCUGUUUUGUAG